GCGCCGCGCGCCUCUCGCCGACAGUUUCACGUGUUACGUGUACAAAAAUCGCGUGUGUUGUCUGCGCGGACGACGUAUUCGCGCCGUGUUCGCGGGUUACGGAUACGAUGUGCAGGUAACGUUGCCGCCGCGCGUCGUCAGCAGUUGCGAACAUGCGAUGGUGAAGCGGGCCGAGCUUGAGGGGAGCGGCGACUCGUGGUCUCGGUGCGAAGGAAGGAAGCUCACGGGCGUGAGAUCGCCGACAAUCGAUGCCAAUGGCCUACGAAGCGUUAUGGCACGAGUACAUGCAGAUGCCCGUGGUGACGCGGGCCUACACCACCGCCUGUGUCAUCACGACCCUCGCCGUGCAAUUAGACUUGGUAUCCCCGUUUCAACUGUAUUUCAAUCCCAUCCUUAUUGUGGAGCAAUACCAGAUAUGGCGAUUAAUAACAACAUUCCUGUUCUUCGGAAAUGUUGGGUUCAACCUAUUAUUCAAUAUGAUCUUCACGUAUCGAUAUUGCCGUAUGUUGGAGGAAGGGUCCUUCCGCAGGAGAACAGCUGAUUUCGUGAUGAUGUUCAUCUUCGGCGGAAUAUGCAUGAUUACUUUUGCAUUCUUCGUUAAUUUGCUGUUCCUCGGGCACGCAUUCACAAUAAUGUUGGUGUACGUGUGGUCGCGACGGAAUCCUUUUGUCAGGAUGAACUUCUUCGGACUUUUGAACUUCCAAGCUCCGUAUUUACCGUGGGUGCUGCUAGGCUUCUCUGUGCUGCUUGGCAAUACGAUAUGGGUUGAUCUUGUGGGGAUGGCGGUAGGACAUACUUACUAUUUCGCGGAGGACGUAUUUCCCCGGUUAAGAGGCGGUUUCCGAAUUCUGAAAACUCCGCAAAUACUUAAGACUUUGUUUGACGCACAUCCCGAAGAUCCAGAUUAUAUGCCACCGCCGGAAGACCGGCCAGGUGGCUUCAAUUGGGGACAGGAAGUCGUACAGUGAUCGAAAAAUUCAGCAUUCUCUUCCCAAUGCUGUAUCUUAUUGUCCGAAGACGUUGCGGAAACGUGCGUCUCCAUCAUUAUUCCUUUGGGAUUAUUGACAAUUUUAGUGUCCGGAUUUGUACGCAAAAGAUGUAUAAUAAGACACACGUAAUACACAGGGUGUAUAAGAGAUCGGGCGAUUUCGUUUCAUUAAAGAUCUUCCGAAAAGUAUGGA